CAAAUUAAAUAUUAAUGCUAACUGCUAAGAGUUUACUUCUCAUUAAUCCAUCUCAGUCCCCACAUGCAUCCUUUAAUACCAAUCCCAAGUAAACUCUCUCACACUAUCUAUCUCUCUCUCUAAAACCUACUUUCUUUACAGUCAGAGAGAGUCACAAAAGUUACAACAAUGGCGGGUAAAAGCAAGAAGAAGAAAAUGGUCCUUAAGGCAGUUUCUGUUGUAGACAUCGGAUGCAGCAACUGUAAGUUCCCAAACUUGUCUUCUUUUUUCAACCGUUUCCCCAAAAAGCCCCGCCUCUACUCCUCUAAUUACGGCCCCUGCCACUCCUCCACCACCACUGCCUCCUCCUCCUCCGCCAUUCCUUCCACCACUCACUGGUUCUCCGACAACACCUCUUCCUCCUCCGCCACACCCACCGCAGCCGUCGCCGUCGAGAAAGACUCCGACGACCCUUAUCUCGAUUUCCGGCAGUCUAUGCUUCAGAUGAUUCUCGAGAACGAGAUUUACUCUAAAGAUGAUCUCAGAGAGCUUCUCCACUGCUUCCUCUCACUUAACGAGCCUUACCACCACGGCAUCAUCAUCCGCGCUUUCUCCGAAAUCUGGGACGGAGUCUUCUCCGCCGCCGUCAAACGCCGUGGCGGCGUCCAAGAGUCUCCGCUUGUCCGUCGUCACGGGCCAUCACGUGAUUACCAUAAUCACUACCACAGAUCGAUGUAAUGUAACUCCGUUUGUUAGUUAGGGGAUGCAACUCUUUUAACUAAGUUUUAUCAUGCCACGUCACCAAUAAUGUAUUGACACGUUGACUAUCCGUUUCACCUACUACCGACGUGUCAAUAUAUUAUUGGGUUUGUGCUUUUUAACUUCUUAUCUUAGCUUUGUCUUUUUCUUCUUUGUCUUUGAACAAGUGUAAACAACCAUGGUAGAAUGUUUAUGCAAAAUAACCUUUCGUUA